UACAAGCCCCGACCACCACCCUGCCAGAUGCACGCUCCCACGCAUCGACAAACUACAACACCACGGGGAUGGACCAGCAACAGCACUUCGACUCUUAUUUCUCGCAAGCCAUGACCACGCCGACCAUGAUGGCCUCUGCACCCAUGACACCCCCCACUCACGACCAAGUCCCCACCACCAUCAAGAUGGAGGAUCUCCAGGUCCCCUACGACACACCCUCUCCCGCACCCUCAUCAGCCCACGACAUGUCACCGUCGUCGUCGACACCGGCGCCCACGGGCUCCGAGGGCAAGCCCGUCAAGAAGCGCAAGUCGUGGGGCCAGGUACUCCCCGAGCCCAAGACUAGCCUGCCCCCACGGAAGCGCGCCAAGACUGAAGACGAGAAGGAGCAGCGACGCAUCGAGCGUGUGAAGCGCAACCGCCUCGCUGCCCACAACUCACGUGAGCGCAAGCGCCAAGAGUAUGAGGUCCUCCAGGCCGAAAAGGACCAGAUGGAGGCCGACCUCAAAUCCUACAAGGAGAGGAUGGCCCAGAUGGAGGCUGAGCUCAAGUUCUACCGGUCAAAGUAUCCUGGCGACGCCCCAGACCCCGUCUUCGACCUCUCGUCCACUUCCACUACCGACAACGCCGAGACCAUCUGCCCCGCGCGGACGUCGGCGUCAUUCCCCAGCCCCAUCUCCAUGGACUCGAUGGACUCACCCCGAGACUCAUCCUGCCAGCCCGAGACGCCCGCCUCCACCUUUGAGGCCGCCAUCCCCGAAUUCGACUUCGACACAAUAUCCUGCCGGCGAUUAUUGUGCGACCUGCAGUGUCAGUCGGAUUCGGUUACAACGGCGGGCUCCCCUCGGUUGGCAGCGAUCUUGGCCUAUCUCACUUUAUUCCACCUCACCCUACAGUCGACGAAAAGCCUGUUGUCCUCGACAACCUCUUCGACUUUGACCAAUUUCCAGAAGGCUCUACUUCAAUGGACCAGUCACAGCAACCCGCUUUCGGCAUGGCUGACUCUCAUGUCGAUCUCUUUGGCGGUUCCCUCUUCGGCCACGGCCCCAGCUCCAACCCUUUUGGCUUUCCUGACGGCUUUGAUGCAAAGUUCUCUGACUUGCAGAGUGCCUCUGGCGCAACUUAUGUUAGCGACGAGGCUCUCGCAGCGGAGCUCUAGCGUCGAUGGUGUCGACGAAAGGCCCAUGAAGGGGACGAGCGGGGCUGGGCUUGUUGACGGUGCCGUUAUUCAAUCACGACUGAUGAAGUCUUCUAGGCGAAGACGACAUGUAGGGCGGCGUAGGCAUGUAUCACCACUAAAGUGAGGAUUUGGACGGUUCACGGGGUCAUCACGGGGCUGGGAAAAUAUGGCGAACGGAGUCUGGAGCGAGUGAAUUCACUCUUGUAGAACAUGUUCGUUUCUGAUUUGAUAAUGGACUUGGUAACCACUUGAGGCGGACAAGAUAGAUACACCAAGGGCUGGUGCCUUUCAUGCAGCCCAAAUUCAUCCAGUCCCAUCAGUUCGAACAU